AAUGGCUUCAAAUGUCACUGCAUGUCUGAGUCCCACCAGAGGCAAUUGCUGCUGGCUUCUGAAAAUCCUCAGCAAUUCAUGGAUUACUUUUCUGAGGAAUUCCGAAAUGAUUUCCUAGAACUGCUCAGGAGGCGAUUUGGAACAAAGAGAGUCCACAAUAAUAUUGUGUACAACGAAUAUAUCAGUCAUCGAGAACACAUCCACAUGAAUGCCACGCAGUGGGAGACGCUGACUGAUUUUACUAAAUGGCUGGGGAGAGAAGGUCUUUGCAAGGUUGACGAGACUCCAAAAGGCUGGUAUAUUCAAUAUAUUGAUAGGGACCCAGAGACUAUUCGCAGGCAACAAGAACAAGAGAGAAAGAAGAAACAAGAUCUUGAUGAUGAAGAAAAAACUGCUAAAUUCAUUGAACAGCAAGUUAGAAGAGGUUUGGAGGGGAAAGAACUGGAAAAGCCAGUCUAUACUGAACUGAACAGAGAAAAUGAAGAAGAAAAAGUUACAUUUAAUUUAAACAAAGGAGCAAGUACUUCAAUAGCAGCAUCUUCUAAAACAAGCAGUGUCCUUGGACCGAGUGCACUGAAGAUGGUGGAAGGGGCAGUUAAAAGAAAAGAAUCAGCUCAUAGUUCUGGUCAGUCCAAAGAGAAAAAGAAGAAAUCUGCACUGGAUGAGAUUAUGGAGCUUGAAGAGGAGAAGAAAAGAGCAUCUCGAAGAGACUACUGGUUGCAGCCUGAAAUCAUUGUAAAAAUUAUAACAAAAAAGCUUGGAGAGAAGUAUCACAAGAAGAAGGCAGUUGUUAAGGAAGUGAUUGACAAAUACACAGCAGUUGUGAAGAUGAUUGAUUCUGGAGACAAACUGAAGCUUGAUCAGACGCAUCUGGAGACUGUAAUACCUGCACCAG